AGAGGGGGAGGAAAAGGAGGACGGAGGAGGACAAGAGGUACAGGCACAUUGCCCCAGAUGAAUCACAGUGAGGAAGUCAUGCUUUGAGUGAUACAUACAUUUUUGACCUGAUGUUCUGUCCGGACUUCUGCCUGUCUGUUUGGAGUGCAUCCAUCCUUUGGAUCCUGUUUGCAUCGGUAGAAGCUGCGGAUGUUGGCUGAAAGACAACAUGAUCGACUAUAAGCGUCCCUCUCCAUUAGGCUUCGGGACGGCUGGGAGGAGUGCGCUGGUUCCUGAGCUCCCAGCACACAUACAUACACACACGCUGACGGCCAUGCCUCAGAGAUACUCCCACCAGAAGAGGAAAGCCAGCACAGCGGCUGCCCGGAGGAUGGAGAGGAGACGCAGGGACCAGGGGAAAAACAGCAACAACAACCCAAACUGCAGCCACAACCACCAUUCGAAGAAGCUGGCCAUGCUCUCCAGGUCCCUCAUCCUGUGUCACUCUAAGACGAAUGAUGACAGUCCAGAAGACAGGCAUGCUGGAGAAGUGUCAGAUGGGUGCAGGGCAUGGCGUUCAGGCUGGGAGACAGAUGUGACUGCUGGGGAUCAAAUCCAGUACAGAGAUGCAGAGAACACACACUGGGGGACAACCCGGCAAACAACCGUGCAAAAAAGAGGAGGCAUUGAGGCAGAUAACCACACGCGUCAUACCCCCACACUCAGGGAGAAUAAACGGAGCAUAAGGAGGACCUUCAGCAUCAAGGAGAGUAGUAUCUGGAGGAUGUGUGUAACCACAGGGCCCGCUGAGGAGGUGUGUGGACCACAAAUGGCUGAUAACAGCGUCCAGACAGAAGACAAAGACAUUAAUGUGGAGCCAGGGAAGACUGGGGGGAACCUACACAGAGGCUGCAGCUUCCCGAGCCCAGACAAGCAGGCAUCCUUUAACGGACAGUUUCUAAACGGCAGUGCUGGGAUGGCAGGGGAGGGAAUGAGGAGCAUUCACAUUAAAGCCUAUAGUGAGGACAUUUCCACAUGUGAAGACACUCUCCAUUUGCACAGUCUGACUACAAGUACAAAGCAUCAAGCUCUCAUCUCCCCAUCCGAUCCUCUAUCACUGGCUGGAUACACAGAAGAAGUUAUGGCUAACAACAACCACCUCAAGUUACCCAUCCCAGAGGUGAAUGAGGAGAGGUGCUGGGAAACGGAGAAGACUGGGCAGAGCCCACCAGGACAGCCAGCCAACAAUAGGACACGCUCCAAUUCCACCACAGGUGUUCAUCCUUACUGGAUUGGGGAUCUGGACAGCAUCAUUAUGAAGACUCCAGGGCUGUAUACAAGUCAUCCUCAGGGGAAUGGUGGUUUAUACGGAAACAGGAAGUCUCUGUCCCAGCAGCUGGAGCUUCCUCACACCACCACACAACCUGUGCACCGUCCCUCACGCUCUCUCAGCUCUGCCCAGCUGGUACACUCCUGCAGCAACAUGCAAGCCUUCAUAAUCUGUAAUAUUGUGCUAAUGAAAGGCCAUGGCAAGGGUCUGGGCUUCAGUAUAGUGGGAGGGAGAGACAGCAUGUAUGGACCAAUGGGGAUCUAUGUCAAGACCAUUUUCCCUGGAGGGGCGGCAGCUGCUGAUGGAAGGCUGCAAGAGGGUGAUGAGAUCCUGGAGCUGAAUGGAGAGUCACUACACGGUCUGACUCAUGAUGAAGCUCUGCACAGCUUCAAACAAAUCAAAAAGGGCCUGCUGACUCUGGUGGUGAGAACCAGCCUGCGUGUGGGGGCACUGUGUGGGCAGUUACAGGUAGCUCAGCUAUGCAGGUCACGUUCCCUCAGCUCCACUACAGCCAUGGCCAGGGUCAGUGCUGACAUGGGAGACUACAACUACCUGAACAACACCUGCAGUAACACACGGAGCGUCCCUGGCCGACCUGCUAAACCCAGAGACCGCAUCAUGAUGGAGAUCAUCCUGCAAAAAGAGGCUGGUGUUGGUCUGGGUAUUGGACUGUGCUGUGUUCCAUCUGGUGACGGAUGCCCUUCGAUCUACAUCCACACCCUCUCUCCUGGAUCUGUAGCACACAUGGAUGGUAGACUACAAUGUGGGGAUGAGAUCAUGGAGAUCAACGACACUGUGGUUUACAAUAUGGCGCUGAAUGACGUCUAUACAGUCCUGAGCCGAUGCACACCAGGUCCAGUCCACAUCAUCAUCAGUCGACACCCUGACCCCAAAGUAUCAGAGCAGCAGCUGAAUGAUGCUAUCGCUCAGGCAGUGGAAAACAGCAAACUGAAAAAGGAUAAGAGCCAGUGGAGUAUUGAGGGGCUGCGUAGACUGGAGUCUUGCUCUCACAGUCGGCAGAGAUGUGAGUAUUGUCUGGAGAAGAGUUUUAGUCAGCUGAUGGUUCGACGAGCACAGAAGACCAUGAGCCGCUCCUGCAGCGACAACACCAACAGCCCCCAACACAACCACUGCCUCACCAUCCACAACCACCACAACCACCACAACACACAGCAUAACCCAUCAGGCCGUGUGCACAGUCUAGACACACCCAAGUCUAUGACAGAGACAUGGUCUGACAACAGACUGUCCGUGCCUGUGUAUCCUGAUGAAGACUACAAUGUCCCUUACAAUUCUGCUGCUGUAAACAUGUCCAGUCACCAGAACCUGGAUUUGGCCUUCAGGGGCAGCAAGUCCACCUACAGGGUGCGUGCUGCUCCACAUCGGUACUGCUGGCCUCAGGAUGUGGCCAGUGAGGAGGGUUAUAAUGGAGACUCCAGCGGCUCCAGUAGAGGAUCCCCAGUUAGAGAUGAAGGACUGGAGCCCUCAUCAUACACCAGCUGCCAGCAGGAAGGAGAACGAAUUAGAGAAGAGUCAGAGGGGAGCAAAGAAGAUUUCACUCAUCCAGACUCUGCAGCCAGCACCAACAGACUACACACAGACGAUUCAUCAGCUGUGCUCUGCUCACAGCCCAAGAGAGGAGCUCUGAGGAGACAGGCUUGUAUUGACCAACAUUCUCAAGAGCAGCUUCAAGAUCCUUGGGUUCGCCUUUCAGACAGCUCCCCUGAAGAGCUGCGUGAGAUCCACCGCCAGCACGCUGCAGACAGGAACCAGCUUAUUAACGUCCACAAAAAGCCUGCCACCAUGAGUGACGAAGAUAACACGGUCCUUGAGCUCAAUGGCACAGCCACUGACGUGACUUCAGAUCCCCAAUCUGACAUGACUCCUGAAAACACAUGUGAAACUUCUGCAGGAGAGAAGAAGGCCCCCCCGGUGGCACCCAAGCCUACCUGGUUUCGCCAGAGUCUGAGGAAAAUUCGGGAUGAGCAGGACCAGAAGAAGCAAGCUAAACCCACUGAGCAAAGGCCCACUGUGGGCUUCACCAGAAGCUUUGGAGUCAGAUCUGCCUCAGCUGCAACCAACCUUUCAAUCAAACAAAAGAUUAACUCAUUUGAGACUUUUUCCACUCCAGAGGGUGGUCCAGAGAAGGGGGGCAACAGGAGACCUGUGGCCCCUUCCGCCUGCCUUCCUGUGAUGCAGAAGGAGUCCAGGAGUCACCUUGCCUCACACGGAGAUUAUGGAAAAGGAAAAGAUGAAAUCCCCAAAGAGAUCCAGGCAAACCAGUCUGAAUCUGUUAGGGACAUAGACAACACAACUGUCUCUGCCACACCCUCUGCUUUCACCUCCUCCACUUCUGAAGCUUGUAGUCAAACAACAGUCAAGUCUUCUGAAGAUGAAUCUCCCUCCAUCCAAUCCCCCAAAGAUCUCGCACUUUCAGACACCAUCAGCACUGAUCUGGACUCAGGGAUACAUGAUUCUCACUCAGCCCUAGUCCAUGAUGACAGCAAUGUCGUUCCAUCAAAACAGGAGUUUGUUCUAGAAAGAGUGGAUCUUAGCGGGUCCACAGAUACCAAGGUCCUACCCCCUGAUGUUGUAACAUCUAUAAGAUCCAGUCAAGCUGAGGAGGAACAUCCUCCAGAGGGGACCGAGGAGGGUGGAGCACAGAGCCAAAAAAAGCUGCUAAGCGCGACCCUGAGUGCUGCUCCGCCCACAGACAGUCACCCCAUGAGAGGCCUGGAGGGAGAGAGUUUAGGGAAAAUCCUCGCAUUCAGUAACCAGGUUUCACAAGCGUUGAUGCGCUCUUUACCUACGUACCCCUGCCAUGGUAACCCAUCCUCCUCAGAACUGCAGGACACCUCUGCUGAGGAUUUCACUAACCCUCAGGAGUCUGACCCUGCCCUGGACAGCACGGAGAGAGGAUUCUCUGUCAGCUUGGCCACACUGAGGGAGUGCAGCAUUGAGCAUGGGGAGGGCCGAUCACACGACGAGGCGGCAGUCACUUCUACUCAUGCUCACUCUGUGAUCUCAGCUAUCCCUUCACAGGAAAUACAGAGGAUGAUCCAGGAAGUCAAAGCUCUUGACAAAGAGACGCUGAAGCAACUGGUGGACAUCCAUGUUGUGAUUCUGCAUAAAGAGGAGGGAGCUGGACUGGGCUUCAGCAUCGCUGGAGGGUCUGACCUGGAGAGCAAAGCUACUACAGUCCACAAAGUGUUUCCCAGUGGCCUGGCAGCUCAGGAGGGCACCAUUCAGAAAGGAGAUGAGGUGUUGUCUAUAAACGGACAAACACUGCGUGACGUCACCCACGCUGAUGCCACCGCUGUUCUGCGUCAGGCCCGCAGUCUGAAGCUGGCAGUGGUGGUUGUCUGUAAGAGAACAGAGGAGGAAGGAACAGAGGGAGGAGACUGUGGGAGCAAAGAGCCCAACCCUGUAGUGGAGGAGCAGGGAGCUCCGGUGAGUUUGCAGCUGGAGAAAGGAGCUGGUGGAGUUGGGUUUACUCUGGAGGGAGGAAAAGGCUCAAUCCACGGAGACAGACCUUUAGUCAUCAACAGGAUCUUUACAGGUGGAGCAGCUGAGCAGAGCAGUCUGCAGUGUGGAGAUGAACUGCUGCAGGUCCAGGGAAUCAGCCUGCAGGACAUGACUCGCUUUGAGGCCUGGAACAUGAUCAAGGCUUUACCUGAAGGACCCAUCACAGCAGUCAUCAGGAGGAGGCAGGGGCCAGUAGAAUGACACACAUGGUUGCUUACAAAAAGAGAAACUAAACAAACAGCAGCACUUGCGGCACACCAAUAUUGCCCUCAAUAUCAUAGAAAUCCUAUCAGCCAGUCAUUGUGGUCUACCAUAGACAGAGUGGUUGGACAACUUCUAAAAUCAUUUUUAUUAUUUUUAUAUCAAAUGUCUGACCAGAUCUAAAACCCAAGUUUUCUCACUUACCCACAGUGGUGAGUCAAUAAUCUGCAGAGCACACUGUCAGAAAGUUUACCUUCAGUAGAACAUAGUAUAAAUGUUUGUUCCAGUGGAUUAUCCUGCAUAGUGCCGUUUUGUUUACAGCGUAAUGGGAUCUGGCUUGUUGAAUAUAGAUAUAGAAUAGUGUCAUGGGGAGACAAAGAACAAAGCCCGACUGUGCAAACUGCUUAUGUCUCUGCCUCCAUGACAAUGUUUUUGUAAAAUAUGUGGUGAAUUACAUUCAUACAUACAUUUGCUGAAAUUAUGUAAUAAGUAAGAUGCAGUAAAACAUGACACUGGGGUAAGUAUAAUAGUUGCAAUGUUAUUUCAUACCACAGUAGUGAUGUGAGCCAAGUAAUUUUACCCACUCUAUCCUUCACAGUAUGAAACAGUAAAUCACAAAUCAGGCCCUGUGAGCCACACAACACUUCAUGAAAGAUAAUUUAAGGCUGGUGGUUCUCCAACAGCUGACUUACAUAUCAGUCUCGAAGUCUACAAAAUCAGUCUGAUUAAAUUCAGACAUCGGCACAAACCUUAAGGAGAAAGGAAGCACUGCAGGGGAAAGGCACAAUAAAAGCAACACCUGUAGAGAACGAUGCAACCCAGUACAACAGCCCAGCAUCAAAUCUGCAGUGCUGUUGUACUGGACUGAUUCAAAUUGUGAUGGGUGUGGAGUAUAGGUGUUACGUGUCGUUUUAAUGCUCCUGUAUCUUGAACCUAUAAUGGUAUGAAAAGCAAAAGGAAAUCAGUUGUAAAAGAAGACAGUUAUAUACUGUAUAUUAGAAUAAAUGCCUAUUUUUCAGCAGUUGUACUGUAUGUAUGUGGAAACAAGUAUAAUGCACUUUGGUUGACUCAGUAGCUUUGAGUUUGACUCUCCUGCUACUAGUAGUUAUCUGUCAAACCAAACCCAACUGGAAUGUUAGAGUUGUAUUUGUGUCAAUCUUGAGCAUGUAAUGGGACAUUUUGAGCACAGAAAAGGAUUUUAUGCAAGCACAUGAAUGACAUUUUUGUACAGAAAUAAUCCCUCAAUCUAUUCUGUACUCAGUAGUGUUUAAUAUGCACAAAGAUGCACAAUAACCUGACACUGUGAGCACGUGCCCAAGGCUUUGAGUGUGCAUACAGCAGGAAAUGUGAGGACAAAUGUGCGCUUUUAACUUUUAUUUAUAAUCGAGCACAGAACAGAUUACUUUGCUCAAAUGUUCUAUGCGUACUAAUCAUUUCUAAUUUUGGGGAUCCAGCCCUUUUCUGUGCUUAAAAUGACACAAACAUAUUGCCAAAGUAUGUCUUUGCAUGCAACCACAAAAGAAUGUUUUCUAUUACUGUUUUCUAGAACAUGUAUAAAGCUGUUCAAAACGGA